UGUCAAAGAAGAGGAAGCACUGCGGCAUUAGGGCCUCGAGGCUGAGAGCCCUCUUCAGUGGAGCAGGAAGCAGGACAUGAGGUCAGAGGAGAAGGGCGGUACUGUGAGGGCUCAGACAGUGUAGAAAAGACUCAGCCUCUUCCUUUUUAAUUUUUAAAGAAAGGAAAUUUGUUUGUUGCAGUUUAUAGACAGGGAAAUCUAAAUCUAAGCCCCGGCAUCUGCUGAGGACCUUCUUAGCCCAUCAUCCUGAGGCAGAGAGGCAGGAGAGCAGGAUUUGGGUUUUGGUGUAGUGUAACAGUGGGCCGUUGUGCAGUCAAAAGCCCAUUGUUCCUUCUCCUGGGCAAGAGGAGGCCGUGGUUCUGAUUCAUGGCUGUAAACAACUCUGGAGAGAGCAGACAAACAGGCUUCAGGGCCUGGUGAGUCACUUCUCGGGCCGGGCCUCUCUUUUUUGGGUCAUUAUUCUGACUAGGCUUAGGUGGCUGCUACAGGCCACUGUAGCCUGGGACUGCCACCUUGUGGCCACGUUCUGACUUCAUGUAGCCUCACAGUUUGUCAAGGUAGGUGGGAAUGAAUGAGAAUUUGCUGUGAACUGGCUGGUCAAGCAGGGCCUUGAUCCUUGCUCACUAAGGCAGCCUUGGAGAGGCUCACCAAACUAGGACUCAGCUGCCAUCCUCUGUGACCCAGCAUGGCUGUUACUGUCUAGGCACAGAACUCAGGCUAGCCGUGGUUGUCAACCUGCCCCUAGAGAUUCCAUACUUUUCAGGGCUCUUCCAGUCUCAGGGUCACAGACGUUGGCUCACUCUCGCUAAUGGUUGCCUGAAGUCUGGGCACUGGGCCACCACUCACCCUCCAGCCAGGGUUAAACAUUAGUGGGAGGUUAUCGGGUUUGGAAAGGGGGUGGGGAAUCUCACUUGCAACAGUCUCCUGCGGGCCUGCUUGGAGUACCAGUUCCCACCGGAGCCCAUAAAAUGCCUGUGGAAGAGUUUGUGGCUGGCUGGAUCUCUGGAGCCGUGGGCCUGGUCCUGGGACACCCAUUUGACACUGUAAAGGUGCGGUUACAGACCCAAAACACAUACCAGGGCAUUGUGGACUGCGUAGUCAAGACUUACCGCCAUGAGUCAAUCCUGGGCUUCUUCAAGGGAAUGAGCUUCCCCAUUGCCAGUGUAGCCCUGGUCAACUCCGUCCUGUUCGGAGUGUACAGCAACACACUGCUGGCACUAACAGCCACCUCCCAUCAGGAGCGACGUGCCCAGCCACCCAGCUACACAAACAUCUUCAUAGCAGGUUGUACAGGGGGCCUCCUGCAGGCUUACUGCCUGGCUCCUUUCGACCUCAUCAAAGUCCGUCUGCAAAACCAGACAGAGCCAAGGAUGCAGGCAGGAAGCUCUACACCCCGGUACCGGGGGCCUGUGCACUGUGCAGCUUCCAUCUUGAGAGAAGAAGGACCCCAGGGUCUGUUCAGAGGAUCCUGGGCCCUGGUAUUGAGAGACACUCCUACGCUGGGAAUGUACUUUGUCACCUAUGAAGGACUGUGUCGCCAGUACACACCAGAAGGCCAGAAUCCCAGUUCAGCCACAGUUCUGGUGGCAGGGGGCUUUGCAGGCAUAGCCUCCUGGAUCACGGCCACUCCUUUUGAUGUGAUCAAGUCCCGGAUGCAAAUGGAUGGGCUGAAGGGGAGAAAGUACGGAGGGAUGCUGGACUGUAUGGCAAGCAGCUUCCGGCAGGAGGGGAUAGGGGUCUUCUUCAAGGGCAUGACACUCAACAGUGCCCGUGCCUUUCCUGUCAACGCUGCCACCUUCCUUAGUUAUGAGUACCUGCUGCGUUUGUGGAGAUGAGCCUGGCCAGGCAACACUGGCAACUCCACAGCAGAAUCAUGGCUGAUAGCAGCUUGGAAACCAAGCUAAAGCACCUAACUUUCAAGUGUAAAAGCAAGAGGUGCCUUGUAUCAUCCAGAGAGCUAAGGAGCCAACGUGCAAGAGACAAUGAACCUGGCCCUGUACAGACUCCAAGGCACACCCUCCUCCAGCCCACCCACCAGGCCGCUUCUGUCCAGGAAGCAGGGGCACAAAGUACAUAAAAAUCAUCUAGGCUACCAUGCCAUAGCUGCCCCUCUGAAGGAACGCUCAGAGACCAGUCACUGUCCUGGCAUCACCCAGCCCUGGAGUUCUUCUGUCUCCCUGGACAGAAGAAUGACUCUUGUCUUCAUGUCCAGAAUCCUUCAGGGAAACCCAGGUCCCAGGCCCCUGGCUGUCCUACCCCACUAAGUGGCCUUCUCUUGGUUACUCCCUGGUGUGGGCUCUCAUGUCCCAGGAGUGCCGUGGGUGGUGUAAUUGUCCUCCAGUGGCCUACUCUCCUCAAGAUCCAGGCAGAGCUCUUUAUCUAGGGGUCCUUCCAGCCCUACCUGUGCUGACUGUGGGGUACCCCAGCCCCCAGCCCUCCUGCCUACCUCAGUCAUACCAUUGUGCAGUGCUUUGUAGUUCAUUGUUUUGCUCCUCUGAGUCUUUAGUCUGCUCAAGUCUUGUGGUCAAGGUUGUACUUCUGUCUCUUGAAUAGAUACAUGCAAUAAAGUUUCAUUUGAUGCAAUACUGA